ACGAAAACGCUAAACAUAACCAAACAUUUUAUUAAAACCCAUAAAAACUAUCUGUUUCUUCAGAACUCAACGGCCUGAACUUAACCCUUAAUAUCAUUUUUCGUUACAAUCACGGAUUUUAAGUUUAUCAGCUAUUUUCUAGUUUUCUAAGCACGUGCUCGGUGCCAUUUGAUCGAUCAUUUUUGAAAUUUUUUCAUUCUUCUUGUGUGUUUUCCUUACAACGUCUGGGCUUGUAGUUUUGACAAAGCUUCACGACUUCUACUCUCUUCUACUGUUUGACGCUGCAUAGAAAUCGUACCUUUAUAGAUUAAAAAAUAACCAAUUUAAAUAUUGACAAUUGAUGUUUAUUGCCUAUAAGUAAUUGGUAAUAUAUCAUAAUACUUGUAAUAGUAAUUGGUUAAAAUGUCAAACACAAAUUCUUCUGUUACAAAGUUAAGAGGUAAUGAAACUUCAAAAAAUCACGGACAAAAUCAGCCAAACUCUGAUCGUAGCUUGCAGGCAGAUUAUGUAGCAUCUGGCUCUUUACAUUAUUCAAAUCCUGAAAUAAAUACUUUAGCGCAUCAGCAUAAAUAUAGAGGUAGAGGAAUGGCUAUUCAACGACUAGCUGAAUCUAUGGCUUCAAAGGGCAGAAUGAAAAAUUCAAAUUUGGACUAUUCAAAUUCAAACAUAGAACGUCAUUUCAAUAGUCUUAGAGAUGAAAAUGCAAAAAAACUUAUGGAAUCAAAUGAAAAGGAUUGGGGAAAAUUCAUAUAUUCUAAUAGAAAUACUUAAAUUUAUAGGAUAUUUGUUUUGGCUUUGAAAAUAACUGCAGUGGUUUACUAAAGGACAGUAAAAACUUAAUCAAUAGGUAUGAAUUAUUUUUUGAAACAAAUGAUGUAUUAUAAUUGAUUUUUUUCUAUUUGAAUUUUAUAAUACAUUUAAAUAAAAAGUUACUCAUUUAUUCAAUAAAUGUUCAAAAUAGCUUGGAUUUUUUUAUAAUCUUCAAUAUUUCAUCAAACUAGCAACUGCCUUAAAAUACAUGUGUCUAUAUUUGGAAAAGUUGGUAAGUUUGAAUAAUUUUUAAAAACGUUUUUGAAAAAAAAAACUCAAGGAUUAAUGGUUUUUGGCAAUAUCAAAUUUAUUUGUUGGUUUAACUUGAAAUAACUAAAGACGCUUAAAAUUGUCUGUAUG